CAUUCCCUCUCAAAAACCUCUUCUCUUCUCUACUCUCCCCUCCCUAUACGUUUUAGCUUUUCUUGCUCUUUCAUUCUUCAAGAGCCGAGGUUCUGCUGCUUUAAUUAAUUUUCUUAAUUUCUCUUUUCUUUUCUGGGUUUCUUGAAAUUAUAUAUAUAUACAAGAAACCAAGAUCUUGAUAAUUCUGAAAGGAUCUGUUGGUGAAAAUAUGCUGGUGAAUCUUGAUGCCGCGUGAUUUGAAAUUAAUGUUGGAGAGUGAGACUGAUGUCUCCAGUUGUUAGUGAAAUCCUCCGUUCCGGGUUUACGAUCGAUUCCUCUCUAAGACGCAGGACCCAUCUUGUUCAAUCUUUCUCUGUUGUUUUUCUUUACUGGUUCUAUGUUUUUUCAUGAAUAAUCUGUCCAUUACUGCCUCAAUUAUAUAUUACUAGUAUACAUAGUUAGAAUAUUUAGCCAGCUCUAUAUAUAUAUUAAUUGAUUAAUUAAUUAAUUAAUUAACCAGAAAUUAUAGCAGCUAUCUGGGUCCUGCGUCUUGAGGUUCUUCAUCAGGUAAGAUCAAGAUCCAAGAUUUAAUUAAAAAAAUCUCAGAUUUCAUUGAGGUUUUUUUUCAUCAGACACUAUAUAGGCAAUAUAUUUGUAUGGCGUCUUCUAGUGGAAAUUCCUCAGGUUCCUCCUCUCAGCUUCAGAAUUCAGGAUCUGAAGAUGUUGUGAUGGAUCAAAGAAAAAGAAAGAGAAUGCAAUCCAACAGAGAAUCUGCAAGAAGAUCAAGAAUGAGAAAACAGAAACAUCUCGAUGAUUUGAUGUCACAGGUUACCCAGCUAAGGAAAGACAACAGCCAAAUCUUGACAAGUAUUAACAUCACCACACAACAUUUCUUGAAUGUUGAAGCUGAAAAUUCUAUUUUAAGGGCACAAAUGAUGGAAAUUAGCCAAAGACUUGACUCUUUAAAUGAGAUCCUCAACUUUAUCAACACUACAACAGCAAACAAUGGGAUUUAUGGAAACCAUCAUCAUCAUCAAGAUCAUGCAGCUGGUGGAGUUGCUGCCGACAGCUUCAUGAACCCAUUAAAUCUAAUUUAUCUUAAUCAGCCCAUCAUGGCAUCUCCUGAUUUGUUCCAGUAUUGAUGAUGGAUGUGUGAUUAAGGCUUGGGAUGGGUCAAUUUCUGAUUGUCUUUCUUUAUAAACAUAAAAGAGAUGACUUAUGAGUGGUGUUGUGUUCAUGGUUUUCAUGAGUGGACAGAGGAAAAACUUAAGGGGCCUUUUCUAUAUUUUGUCAUUAAUUAGCUACUACAUGAUGUUAGUUUAAUUUUAGGGUGAGAAAUAUUGGAAUGGAAAAAAAGUGUAGCUAAUUAUUUAGUUGAUGGAAAUGGUGAUUGGUAAUUUGGCUUGUAAUGGGUCACUAUAAACAUGGUGUCAAUUGGCCUUAUAUUAUGUAAUGUUGGCAUUAUCAAUAAUCUUUAGCAUGUAUUAUGUUAA